AUGGUCAAAUUUCGUUUUUCGAAAAAUUCAUCAAAUGACGUUCCAACUUCAACUCUUAAUAAUCUGAUUAACAUAGUACCUUCAUUAGAAACAAUUCAUCAAAAUCGAAAACGAUUAAUAACAAAAGAUGGAAAUAUUAAUAUCGAAAAAUUACGUGUGGAAAAUCGAAUUCUUUAUUUUCGUGAUAUUUUUACAAGUUUAUUGGAUUUAAAAUGGAGAUUUAUUUUAAUUUUAUUUUCUUUCUCAUUUGUUAUAUCUUGGUUAAUUUUCGCUGUUAUUUGGUAUAUUAUUAUGUAUAUUCAUAAUGAUUUUUCCAUAAAUUCAUCGAAUGAAACUUCAAAUGAACAUAUUCCGUGUAUUUCUGGUGUGAAAACUUUUUCCGGUGCUCUUCUUUAUUCAAUUGAAACUCAACAAACAAUUGGUUAUGGAACACGAGCAAUUAAUGAACAAUGUACAGGUGGAAUUAUUUUAUUAAUUAUUCAAAGUAUUUUCAGUUUAAUUAUUCAAUCCAUAAUGAUUGAAUAA